GUACAUGACUGUUUUAUAUUUCUCAAUUCUCAGCCCUGUAGAUUUCUUCUCUUCUUUUCUUUCUUCUUUCGGGGCUUGAAACUUUCUCUGUGGUAUAACUGAGUUUUGGCCUUUGCAUAGGAGCAUAUUUCUUCUGGUUUCACUAUUUUUUGUCUUUCCCAGCUUGUACAGAGGUGGAAGAGCUCAUGUUGAUUGAGUUGCUGAUUUAAUAUGAACAAAUAUCGACUCACAAGCCUGAUCGAAAGCAGGAGGCUGCUAUGGCUACUUGCAGUGUUAUUUGCUCUGGUUUUCUGUGUGCAAUAUUUUGAGCUUCCUUAUGGAAAUGCUUUUUUGGCCUUAUUUUUGUCUGGCAAUGCUGAAGUUUCAUCAGUGGGAAACUCCUCUAUAGGAAAUUCAUCAAGUGGCUUCUAUGUUGGGAAGUCAUUGGUUGAUGGAAGCUUGAAUUUUUCUAACAGCUUAAAUUACACAGACCCUAGCACCUCUUACGGGGGUAGUGAUGUAACUGAGCUUUUCGACGGAACAGAUGCAAAGGCAAAACAUUCUGAUGAUGACUCCUUAGAUGUGGUUGCUGAUAGUGACCCUGAAGAUGAAUCUCCAUCGAAGGACUUCAUUGAUAUGAACCACAACUCAACAGCGGCAGAGGUAGUAGGAAAUCCUAGCCUAGCACCAGAGAAGGCUGUGGAGCCUAAUCAAACUGUACCAGCAUCAGAUUCAAAUGCUACUUCAAAUAAUAACAUUUCACUGGACAGAAUUGAGGGACGAAAUAUUGCACCAGUAUCAGUUGGAAAUGACAUCUUGGAUAGCAGCCUUUCAAACACUUCAGAUGCAUUGCAACCAUCAGAUUCACCAUCUUCCAUGGACAAAGACGCUACCAAUGCACUUCAGAAAACUAGCAUUCCUGAAUUUCUGAAAACUGAUCUUGCUCCUUCAGUCAAUUAUUCUUCUAGGAAUGCAAUCCCCAAAGUGAAAGAUAGCCCUGAAGAUGCAGUGGCGUCACUUUCAAAGAUGAAUGAUAUGCUUCUUCAGAGUCUCACUUCCUAUCAUUCAAUGAGACCAUGGUGGAGUAAAGGUACUGAUCAAGAGUUAAUACUUGCAAGAUCCCUCAUAGAGAAUGCCCCCAGUGUCCAGAAUGACCCUAAGCUCAACCAAUUUGCUCCUCUAUACCGUAAUUUUUCAAUGUUUAGAAGGAGCUACGAAUUAAUGGAACAGACUCUCAAGGUUUACAUUUACAAAGAAGGAGAAAGACCAAUAUUCCAUCAACCAGUGCUCCAAGGGAUAUAUGCUUCUGAGGGAUGGUUUAUGAAGCUGCUCAAAUCAAGCAAACAUUUUGUUACCAAGAAUCCGAAAAAAGCUCACUUAUUCUACUUACCUUUUAGUACAAGGAUGUUGGAGGAGACAUUAUAUGUGCCUAAUUCUCACAGUAGGAAGAACUUAAUUCAGUGCUUGAGAAAUUACCUCAGCUUAAUCACAAGUAGAUAUUCAUUCUGGAAUAGAACUGGAGGAGCUGAUCAUUUUGUUGUAGCCUGCCAUGACUGGGCUCCAGCUGAGACGAGAAAAAUCAUGGCACAUUGCAUAAGAGCUCUAUGCAAUUCGGAUAUUAAAGAGGGCUUUCAAUUUGGCAAAGAUGUAUCUCUUGCAGAAACAUAUGUACGCUUACCUCAGCAUCCUCUUAGACAAGUUGGCGGGCGACCUCCCUCCAAGCGAAAAAUUCUUGCUUUCUUUGCUGGAAACAUGCAUGGAUAUCUCCGUCCUAUACUGCUGGAGCACUGGGAGAAUAAAGAUCCUGACAUGAAAAUCUUUGGCCCAUUGCCUAAGGUGAAGGGCCAAAUGAGCUACAUCCAGCACAUGCAGAGCAGCAAGUAUUGCAUAUGUGCAAGAGGCUACGAAGUAAAUAGUCCACGUGUAGUUGAGGCCAUCUUUUAUGAGUGUGUUCCUGUCAUUAUAUCUGACAAUUUUGUGCCUCCUUUCUUUGAAACACUAAAAUGGGAGUCCUUCGCCAUUUUUGUCCCAGAAAAGGAUAUCCCAAACUUGAAAAACAUACUUCUGUCAAUCCCAGAGAAGAGGUAUCGAAAAAUGCAGAAGAGGGUUAAGCUGGUACAGCAACAUUUUCUUUGGCAUCCUAGGCCUGUAAAGUACGACAUUUUCCAUAUGAUACUCCAUUCAAUUUGGUAUACCAGAGUUUUCCAAAUAAGUUCCAAGUGAUAGAUGUCAGAUAUUUGAAAGAAACGUACUAGAAAUUUAGAUCUGUAGUGCAGGUGUUUGAUUUCUUGCUGUACAUAACUGUUAAAAGUAAUUAUUUCUGUUAUUAUAUGGGCAAUAAUGUAUCCUCUCUUCUCUUUC